UUCAAGUAGGAACUAAUCCGCGGUGUGGCGUAUGUGUCACCAGGGAGUGUUUACAUUUGGUUGGGAGCCGACAUAACCUCGAGUGAUCAAACAACUUAGGUGAUAGAAGUAUAAAAAAAUAAGAAUAAAUAAAAUUCAAUAAAUAAAAUAAAUAGAAAAAAUUGUGUGACAUUAUGCCAUCGUGUACGAUCGUUGGAUGUACAGUAGGCUAUUCAAGUAACCCCGAUAAAGGGCCUUGUUUUAGUACUCCUAAAGAUCCUGCUCGCUUGAAAGAAUGGAAAUUUGCCACAAAAAUGCCUUUGCUCAAGUCAGGAGAUCCAAUUUGUUAUCAACAUUUUCGUGAAAGUGAAAUAGAGAGACAUAAAAUCAUGUAUGCCAUCGAUGGAACAAUAGUACAGAAGAUUCUUUAUAAAAUAGCUCGAUUACAGAAAGGUGCGAUUCCUUCUCAAUUCGUGUGGACAGUUGUAGACACAGAUGUGAUCUCGAAUAUCUCAAGUAAUUGCGAAUUGCAUGCUACGAAGCAACAUACCAGAUCUUCGAGUUCUUGUGCGACAAGAUCUGACGUUUCGAGUGUUUAUCAUGCAGAGGCUAUGGAGUCACAAGCAAGGCCUCUGAGUGCUUGUUCUUCAAGUUCUGGCAUCUCAAGUACUUAACAAGAAAGAAGUAUGGAAUCACAAGGGCGACCACUGAGUGUUUGUUCUUCUAAUUUUGAAAUAGAAAGUGAAACAAUUAACUCCUCCAACCAUUCUUUGGACGACUUGUUCAGGCAAUCUACCACAGUCGAACUUUCUCAGAUUCACCAGAAAAAUUUAACUGAAAUGUUCUGUAUAAAAGAAACCUUUUCUUUUAUUUGUUUUCGCCACAUUUUAUGUUUAAUAAAAAUGAUUAAAACAUUUGUUACUUUCGUCUUUUAUUAUCAAUAUUACGAAUUAUAUUGUUUUUUCCUACAUCCCUAACAUUUGAUAUUCGAAAAUGGAUUGCCCUGGUGAUACUAACGCCACCUCGCGAGUUGAGACACAUUCGGGGUCACGU